AUGGUCAAGAAGCUCGGCCUAGAUUCCGAGAAACAUCCGCACCCCUAUAAACUUCAAUGGUUAAACAACAGUGGGGAAAUUAAGGUCACCGAGCGAGUCAAGGUACCAUUUAGUAUCGGACGGUACCAAGACGAGGUCACAUGCGAUGUUGUCCCAAUGCAGGCGGGACACAUGCUACUCGGUAGACCAUGGCAGUUUGAUCGAGAGGUCAGCCAUGAUGGACGAGCGAACCAGUACUCUUUCGUUUAUAACAAGAGGAAGAUUGUACUCGCACCCCUUAGUCCAUCUCAAGUGCAUGAGAUGCAACUAAAGCUAGCUAAGGACACCGAAGCGAAGAAGAAGAACUUCUACCUUAAAGCUAGUCAAGUCGAUCGGGCUGUUCGUCAAGAACAAGCGGUACUUCUCAUGGUUUUUAAGGACGUCAUGAACCUAAGGACGGAAGUACCUACCGAUAACCCCGCCAUAAGUCGACUACUUGAACGAUUCCGAGAUGUGUUUCCGGACGAGAUUCCGGCAGGAUUACCACCCAUCCGGGGGAUCGAGCACCAAAUCGAUUUAGUACCCGGUGUUCCUUUACCUAACCGACCCGCUUACCGAAUGAACCCAGAAGAGACCAAAGAACUCGAAAAGCAAGUUCAAGAGCUUAUGAGUAAGGGUUAUAUUCAAGAGAGUCUUAGUCCAUGUGCAGUUCUAGUACUAUUAGUACCCAAGAAGGAUGGAACUUGGCUGUAA